UGGUAUGCAGAAGCUUUGAGAAUACACUCUUUUUAUGGGUUUCGAACACCAAAUGUUUUAUGUUUCUCAUGAUUUUAUACAGUUUAUCUAUUUUUCAUUUUUGUUACCUUUAUUUAACUUACCAUUACCAUUUCACAACAUUUUUAAUUUAUUUGCCAUAGUUAUUUUUUAUGUGUAUGUGAUCUUUUAUCCCAAAUAACAAAAAAUACCAUUUUUUUAAAAAUUAUGUUAUUUGUUAUAUUUAUUUCAUGACUUUUAAUAGUAAUAGUAAAAAAAUAUUCUUAAAAUUAGAUCUUAUAUGUUAUAUUUUAAUUUUUGUUAGGUUGUUUAUCAAUGUUGUUCAAGUCAAAAAUUGAAGUUUUUUGUAAAGAGUAUUAGUUUUGGACCUUUUUUACUUUAUAUUUUCAUUCAUAAGUCAUUCUUCUUUAUUAUAUUACAUAAUUCCUGCUAUUUUUUUGUUCAAAGCACCCUCAUGUUUGUGGUUUUAAUCAUGGCCAUGUUGAAUUUCCUUUGUCAUUCUUUCAUAGCUUCCAAGUUAACUUGAUGGCCUUCUCUAAUACCUUUUCCUGGUCUAUUAACACUUAUUUUAUUAUUAUUAUUAUUAUAAUUUCUCCAAUUUGGGGUUUGACAUUCAAUCACAUGUGUGACACGUGUAAUAUACCAGGUUGCAUUGCGAUUUUCCUUAUCGGCCGAAUUUAUUUGUACGGCAAGAAGGCAGUAGAACGUCGUCCAACUUGCUUAUUCGUACUGUUUGAUGGCUAUGCCCCCCAUCUUAGACAGUCAGGAGGCUGGUCAUUCAAGUUGUGAUGAAAGCUCCCAUGAAGAACUGUUUGUUGAAGAAGAAAAGGAAACGAAAGAGUCUUGGGAAGAGGACUCUUCAAGCGCAUCUGAAGGUGAAUCUGGUUCGGACAAUGAAGAUGAAGAUGAAUCAAAUUCUGAUGUGUCUGUAGAUGUCACAUCAACUAAGUCUUCUGUAGCAACCUCAGGAAGAACAAGCAGAAAUGAAAAUGACAUCGAUGAAGAGAAUGGCGAUGAAGAUGAUGAUAAUGGCCAAGAAGAAGACUCCGAUGGUGACAGCAAAAAUGCAGAUGAAGAUGCUAAAGGGAUUAAAGAUGCAGAAAGCAAGUUUUGGGAACAGAACCCAGAAAUAUAUGGUAUUCGAAGAUCUUCACGUGCAAGGAAGGAACCAGAAAGGCUCACUAUCAAACAAAAGGAACAAAGUGAUAGUGAAUCCGAUAUCCGGUCAAGACGGGCGAAGAAGAGAAAGAAAAACAAAAGGUCAAGGCUCAGCUCAGGAAGCUGGCCAACCUUGAGUAGCGGUAGCGACAGUGAAUCAAGCAGUGAUUAUGGUCAGAGGCAAAAACCCAGACCAGCGCCACGGAAGCGAGUUCCUACUAAUUCCAGAUCGAGGAAAAAGGCGUCCUCCAGCUCAGCCGGUGAUUUUGGCAGAGCCUCCUCCGAAGAGGAACGAGAUAAUAGAAAAGCCUCUAGGCGGUCAGCUUCAAAAAUCAGCUACAAGGAACACAGUGAUGGUACAACAGACGAGGAUGACGUCAUUGAAACAUCUGGUAUGCCUGAGAUACCUGAUGAUGCAGAAACCAUAGAGAAAGUCCUGACCCAUAGAUGUGGCAAACCAGGGGUUAUUGGUGCCGUGACCACGAUGUAUGCCCCUGAAGCGAAAGAUCUCGCUCAAGCUAGCUUACCAGACCCCAAAACGGAGCCGACUGAGCUGCAGUUUCUGAUAAAAUGGAAAAACUGGGCACACAUCCAUAACACUUGGGAGACUGAAAAAUCUUUGACUGAACAGAAAGUGAAGGGAUUGAAAAAACUUGCCAAUUAUAUAAAACGAAUGGAUGAAAUCAAUAACUGGAAACGACUGGCAUCCCCCGAAGAUGUUGAAUACUUCGAAUACCAACAGGAGCUUCUCGAGGAAAUUCUAGACGAAUACAAAAUCGUUGAGCGUAUCAUAGGUCAUCAUUACAAUGAAGAUAGCAAAUCUUCGUACCCGGAUUAUGUUUGCAAAUGGCAAGGCCUUCCUUAUUCAGAAGCAUCCGUAGAAGACGGCUCACUUAUCGCACGCUUCUUCCAGGAUUCUAUUGAUGAGUAUCUUAACAGAGAAAGAGCGCCUACAAUCCCUAAUAGAAACGCUAAAUACCUAAAGCAUAGGCCCAAAUUUGUACAGAUUAAGAAGCAACCAAGUUAUAUGGGUCCCGGUGACACUUUACAACUGCGUGACUAUCAGCUGGGCGGAAUAAACUGGGUUGUGCAUGCCUGGUGUAAAAACAACUCCGUUAUUCUAGCAGAUGAAAUGGGCCUAGGCAAAACGAUUCAGACUAUAUGCAUUUUGUCCCAUUUAUUUCACACCUAUGAGCUGUACGGUCCGUUUCUGAUCGUUGUGCCGCUAUCGACAAUGGCUGCUUGGCAAAAAGAGUUCCAGUCUUGGGCACCGGAUAUGAAUCUUGUUGUUUAUAUCGGCGAUGUAAAUAGUAGAACGAAAAUACAGGAAUAUGAUUGGUGCAAUAAAAAUGGACGGCUUAAAUUUAACUGCAUUUUGACCACAUAUGAAAUGCUGUUGAAAGAUAAGGAACUGCUUGGCUCAGUGUACUGGGCUGCCCUCCUGGUCGAUGAGGCCCAUCGUUUGAAGAACGACGACUCGCUGCUGUAUAGAACUUUAGUGGAUUUCAGAACGAACUUCCGACUUCUAAUCACUGGUACACCGUUGCAGAAUUCAUUGAAGGAGCUGUGGUCAUUACUGCAUUUCAUCAUGCCAGAUAGAUUUCCACAAUGGGAAGAAUUUGAAAACCAAUACUCGAUGUCUCAAAUGAAAGAUGGAUACCAAAACCUCCACCGAGAGCUAGAGCCUUUUCUCCUAAGGAGAAUUAAAAAAGACGUUGAAAAGUCAUUGCCUGCGAAGGUUGAACAAAUUCUCAGAAUUGAAAUGUCUGGAAUUCAGAAACAGUACUACAAAUGGAUUCUUACCAAGAACUAUAAAGAGUUGAGCAAGGGCGUCAAAGGGAGCAUCAGUGGCUUCUUGAACAUUGUUGUCGAGCUUAAAAAGUGCUGCAACCACUCCAACUUGGUCAGGCAGCCCGAAACUACAGCGGCACAAGAUUUUCUUCAGGCCGUUAUCAAAGGCAGUGGCAAAAUGGUUCUUCUCGACAAAUUGCUAACGAGGCUGAAAGAACGAGGUCACAGGGUGCUUAUAUUCUCGCAAAUGGUCAGAAUGCUGGACAUUAUUGCCGACUAUCUGGCGAUGAAGAGAUUCCAAUUCCAGAGACUGGACGGAUCUAUUCGAGGUGACAAAAGAAAGCAAGCUUUGGACCAAUUUAAUGCAGAAGGAUCGCAGGACUUCUGCUUCCUGUUAUCAACGAGAGCUGGGGGUCUUGGCGUCAAUUUGGCCACUGCCGAUGUUGUUAUUAUCUUUGACUCAGACUGGAACCCCCAGAAUGAUCUACAAGCCAUGGCAAGAGCACACAGAAUAGGCCAAACGAAGCAGGUGAAGAUUUAUCGACUGGUAACCAAAGGAAGUAUCGAAGAAGAUAUCAUCGAGAGAGCGAAGAAGAAAAUGGUUCUUGAUCAUUUGAUCAUCCAGAGAAUGGACACGACAGGAAAGAAGGUCCUCAACAAAACUGCUCCAUCAGCAUCGACUCCUUUCAACAAAGAUGAGUUGGCAGCCAUCCUUAAAUUUGGAGCUGAGGAACUUUUCAAGGAGCAGGAUAACGAACAAGAUCAGAAGCUACAGGCCAUGGACAUCGAUGACAUUUUGGAAAGUGCAGAAACACACGACUCGGAGAACCAGCCGUCAACUGCAGGAGAAGAUCUUUUAUCGCAGUUCAAGGUUGCAAACUUUGGAAUAGGCGAGGAUGACGAUGAACUGGAGAAGCAAGCCGGAGACACGACAGAAGAGGAAGGGAAAGAUGACGAAAAGACAUGGGAUGACAUCAUCCCUGAAGCGGAAAGAAAGAAGGCAGUAGAAGAAGAGGAGCAAAAGAAAAGAAUGGAAUUGUAUUUGCCUCCACGGAAACGCAAGACUGUCACUAAGAUGAACAUGCAUCACUCAGACUUGAAGGAUGGCAAACGAAAAUCGAAGACAAAGACGAACACGGAUUCAUCAAGCCACGACGAAUCCGAUGCAGAUCGCGAAGCACCCAAAAGAAAGAGAGGACGGCCGAGAACGGUGAAGCGAGAUGAAGUUGAGGGAUUCAGUGAUGCCGAAGUCAGGAAGUUUAUCAAGAGCUAUAAGAAAUUUCCAAGACCAAUCACAAGACUUGAUGAGAUUGCCGCCGAUGCUGAGCUGCAAGAAAAGUCAACGGCAGAACUGACAAAGCUGGCAAAUGCUUUGCACGACGGCUGUGAACGGGCUAUCAAGGAAUACCAAGAGAAACUCGUCAGUGAUCCUAACUUUGACGGCAAAAAGCGAGGUGCUUCAUUUAAGAUCUCUGGCGUGUCUAUUAAUGCUGCGUCUGUUUUGAAACACGAACAGGAAUUAGAACCGCUUGCUCAAUGCAUUCCAGAAGAUCCGGAACAGAAAAAGCAGUAUCGAUUAACUGUUCCUACCAGAAGCGUGCAUUGGGGUAUCAAGUGGGAUGCCGUCGACGAUUCAAUGUUAUUGGUUGGAAUAUUCCAAUAUGGCAUUGAUAACUGGGACGCAAUCAAGAGCGAUCAUAGCCUUGGCUUAUCAAAUAGGAUCCUGUUGCCUGGCAACCUGAAGCCGCAAGACAAGCACUUAAGAUCUCGAGCCGAAUAUCUGCUGAAACUUUUGAAAAUGAUGUGUAAUGAGAAAAAAGAAACCAUCGAGAGAAAGCUUAAAGCCAAAGAGAAGAGAAAAAAGCCACCGAAAGAAAGUAAGAAGGUUUCGGAGAGCAGUGUGACCCCUUCAGAGCCUUUGCUUUAUCACCAACCCCCGGUAGACGUGUAUGAAGAAACGAACAGUUCUGUUUCGCAUCAUCACCAUGUUCAUUUUGCGGAUAAGGAGACUCCCGACGUGAAGCAGGAAAAUCAGGGUGAACUGCCACCGGAAAAGAAGAAGAAGACAAAAACGGAAAAAAAGGAAAAGAAACAGAACAAAGAAGAAAAGGAAAAGAAGAAACCAAAACCAAAGCCAGUCAAACCAGAAAGGGAUGAAUUAAUCAAUGAAGACUCGACUUCACAAUUUUCGCAGUCAUCGGUUACAAUCACUGAGAUUGCCGACAUGAGUAAAGAAACAUUUACCCAGUGCAAAGAGAAAAUGCGCUCGGUGAAGAAAGCCCUUCGCAUGCUGGAAAACCCUGAAGAAAAUCUCCCCGAGAAGGAACAAGUGAACUUAACUCGUCAGUGUCUGCUGAAGAUUGGCGAUCACAUACAAAAGUGUCUAGACAAUUACACGGAUUUUGAUUUGGCUAAAGAAUGGAGAAGCAAUCUCUGGACUUUCGUCUCCAAAUUCACUGCUUACGACGCUAGCAAACUAUUCAAGCUGUACAAGAUUGCAUGCAGAAAACGGGAUGAGCAAAAAGAGGAGCAAAGACGCAAGGCUUCAUCAGAGAAAAAGAUUGUGCACCAAGCAUUUGCAACACCCCAUCAACAGCAACCACCAACGAAAGACAAAGAAUCAUCCCAGCAACAACAACAACAACAGCCUCCUCCGCAUCAUCACCAUCAUCACCAUCACCACUUCACGCCGAACCUGCACGAACUUGAUGAAGUUAGGAAGCGAACUCUUGGCAUCGAAAUUGCCUCGCCCAGCGGGAAAAUACCGAAAAUCGCUAAAUCAUCGUCUUCGGCCAAAGAAAAAAGCUCAAAGCAUUCUGGUAACCGAUCGCCGAACUACUCACGACACGAAUACAGCAAAAGCAGUCGAUGGCGUGAAAGAAGCAGAAGUCCUAUUUCUAGUCCUUCAUAUCGUCAUCACGAAAAAGAACACUCUCGCAACGAACAUCGAUAUAGAGACGAAAGAUCUCGAGAUCAUGACGAUAGGUCACGUGACUCAAGAUACCAGACCAGCUAUCACAGAGAUCACUGGGACAGAGAGAAGGAUCGACAUCGAGACCAUUACAAUAUGGCGGAUUCGAAAUGGGGUCGUGACCAACAUAGGCAAGACCAAAAAAUUCGCGACAAGGAACGAGAUUUUAUUGUUUCAGAUAAUUCCAGUCAGUCUUACGAUUUUCAAUCGAAAUAUUCCAAGAAGGAGAACCUAACUCAUCGUGGAUUCGGUGAUAAAAAGUUAUCGCCAAAGAGGAAAGCAUACACUCAAGACUAGCUGAUGGUAAAUAUUCUGGUAUUCCAUUCCUCGCUCGAGCUGUAUAGCGAAUAUUGUACACUUGACAAAAUAGCUGUUCUCAAUGGCGCAGAAAACAUAUUUGCGAACAGGAAAACAGCCUGCUUUUUAUCGUCGCGUUUAUCCAUAUGGUAAGGAUCGGCAUUCCAUGUUUUAUAUGGUACUUGAAAAGACUUCGGUUUCGACCUAGGAACCAAUCGAUGCUGCUCGCUGUCAUGCGACCACCUUUCGUACUGUGGAAAUUCCUUUAUUAUUUGGUAUAGGGACUUGGAUUUUUGUAGAGCCAUUGCUCACAAGUGUCCGUCUUGCUGACGUCAUUUUUUAGUUACGCGCACAUUGCGAAUCCACAACAUGGCCGCCUGCUGAAGUUUUGAAUGAGUGUCGUAUCCGCUUUGGCUUGGUGAUGCCAAUUAGAAUUUAUAUUAUAAUAUAUUACUCGACGAACCCCUUAUUCACCUAAAAGGAUUAUGUUGCUAAAGUAGUAAUAAUAGUAACAAAGGUGCAUCCUUGAGGAACAACCUUAGAAGACAGCCUAGUAUUACUCCCUAUUGCCACUGCCUCGCUUCCACAACUCCACCAGUUAACAGACAAGAACUCCAACUGUUUGUUGAUAUAAGUUAUCAGCUGAAUAUCCAUCUUCCUCGCUGACUUUUAAAACAUACAUUGGCAGUAAUGACAGACAUAAUUUUCCUUGGCAGUAAUGGCCACUUCAAUGUUCUCUUGCGAAGAAUACAGAUUGCACUCUUGUGGGUAGCUUCUAACAAUUUUCACUGCCUUAGGCCGUCUAAUAUCUUUGUCUAAUAUCACUGCCUUAGGCCGUUUAAUAUCGAAAGUACACUAAUUUCGUCAUUUGUCUCCGCCAUUUUAUCGUAAUUUGUAGUUUUGAUGUAACAACUUGUGUUGUAGUGUAGAAAUAUUUCUUGACAAUGUACUUAGAAUUAUUUGGGGUAACCUUGAUAACGUUUCUGUUGUAAAUAAGCAAGAUUCCCUUGAAGUCAAUAAACAACUCGUGUUUCUUUUAGCUGCGAAAGCCUGGUCUCCUCUUCUAAACCCACGUUGAAUUUUAGCCUUCCUGUGAAUUUCAACCUUUCUGUGAUAUUCAAUAAUGGUGAACUCUUGUGCAUCCUAGAUGCUGUUAAGUUUUUAAACUUUUUACCGUCCUUUCAAACUGGGCAAAAAAUCAUCUCCUUUGAAGCUAUUUUAUUUACAAAAUUUGAUGUUAUACCACGAGUAAUAGUUUUAUCUUCAUAAAAAGCCCUUUUGGUCAUAAUGAGUAGGGUGAUGGUUGAAGAACCAUAUAAUGUUGAUAUUAGCUCUGUGUUUCAACCCGCCCUCGAUAAACUACGUGUCCCUGUACCCAAGAAGAUGCAAAAGUUAACACUGUUAGGUCAUUUUUACAGGCUUUAGCGAUUUUAAGUUGAUCCCCUCGCAAAUGCAUUCAGUAGAAUACAUUUUUUCAUAGGUUCUUCUUAAAAAUUGUUCUGGCCAUGCUUGAAGCUUUGAAACAAAAAUUCAGGCUGAUUGCUUGCAGAUUAAUUGCUAACAAUGAGCCAUUGCGAUGCUUAGGCAUCCCAUAAUGCAUUUUCUGACAGUAUUAAAUCGAUUUUGGUUAUCCAUAGAAGCUUUCUGUCAUUAUCUGUAUCGCUGCCUUGACGAUCGCCACAAGGGCAAAGGCUCAUAGUUAGCAAUGUGUUUUUAAAGCUUUACAAACGACUUAAUCUUAGGGCCUUUCCCCCCUGUCCCCUAAGAUACAAAAACACGAUACAUUCUCCCCCGGAUCUAAUGUCCCGUAAAGUAACAUUUUGGUGUCUAUGAGACUUGUAGAAUUCUUGUUAGUGCAGUAGUAAUUUAUUUUUAUAGUUUGUGUACAACUUGAUAUCAAAUUUAAUCAUAAAAUUGGAAAGAGGUAUUAUUGCCCUCGAACAAUCCUUAAUCA